AUGGCAUCAUUAUCUCAAAUUUUUCUUUGUCCAAUCGUUGGUUUUCUUCUCACAUUUCGAGCAGAUAAGAGUUCAAAACAAAAAAUAUUGAAUGCCGCAAUUGCUCAAACAUGUUCAUGGAUUUUAAAUAUAAUAAUAUGUAUUAUUUGUAUGUUCGUCAAAACUACUGCUAUCGUUCCUGCACUUGUUUUUAACUACAUUGGGCGAUCAGCAAUUAUAGCUGGUUCACAAGCAGUUGUUGCUACUUUGUGA